CUUAUUUUGAAGGCCGGUAGUUCUCUUACGAUGUCAUGCGGGGUGCCUAAGUGUUACUUGACGUUGAAGAAGAGGGUGUCCAUGACUAUAAUUAUAAUAAAGCAGCAGCGCAGAGGGUGGGCAGUGAUUUCUUGCUCACAGUCACUCGGCUGAAAUGUUUUUUCUCCUCUCCGUGUCGUGGCCACAUUGUCGUCUCCGUUUGGAGCUAGCUUAGCGGGCUAACGUUAGCCAGUGAGCUAGCAUGAGCUCGCGCUCAGUCUGCUGUUGUUUACAUGCAGUGACGAUGAUGAUGAUGAUGGUGAUGGUGGUGAUGGGCCUGGAGAGGUGUGUAAGCUAACUCAACUACAGAUCUGUGUGAGGAGGCAGAGUCAUCAAUUAACCCGCUCUGAGAGGACCACCUGACCCACUGCAGCCUCAGGGUGAGACAACCGGACAGCUAAGCUAACCCGAGUUAAACCGCUCUCAUGAAUUGAUGGAUGUGUCCUCUCAGGAUCCAUCUCUCCUAGUCAUGGACCUUUCUAAGGGUUACUCUGCCCCUCCCCUGAUCCCCCGACACACCGAAGCCAAGAAACCUGAGUGGUACCACCGCCGACCCCCCAGCUCAGAAAUCAGCUCUUCCUACAGAUCCAGGCCCUCAUCUUCAUAUACCUCCCUGGACCCAGGUCCUCCUGUCCUCUGCAGGGACAUGGAUCAGAGUCCUGAGUCUCUUGGAAACUACAUGAAUUCGACACUCACUCCCAGACUUGAUCUUUACCGCGUGGACGGUGCAGGUAGAGUUGGAGUCCAUGGCAGCCUGUGGCAUCCAGGUUUCUACGGACCAAAUCAGACAGGGGAUGCAGGUCCUGAGAGCAGCGGGGGGGAGGAGAGCGACAGCGGCUCAGAUGUGAUCUUUCUUGUGUCUUCGUCCAAAGAGCCGCUUUUGUGCAGUCCAUUCAUGCAGGACGGAGUAGGACACAUGGCGGAGCCGCUGUCCCCCACUGUGUCCUCACUGGAUGAGGGACAAGUCUGUUACCACCUCCCCCAGCCUCUGAGCUCCCCUAGUCCUGACAGCUCAUACUCUGAUGAUUCGUCAGACAGCUCGGUGGACAUCCCUGUCCAUCACACACGGCCUGUCGUCCUCCUGUCAGACCUCAGCACUGGGUUCAGAAACCCUCCUGAGUCCGCAGGGGAUGUCUCCAGUGAAGACAGUGAUGUGAUCGAAGUUUCAGUUUCCAACAAGAAAAAGAAAAGGGCAUUUCUUUGUAAGAAGAAGGAAGUGGAAAAAGCUCCAGAGAGAGAGGUGAGACGCAGCUCCAGGGUCACAAAGUCCACCCCUGAGCCUCCAGCGUCCCCCUGCAGCACAAGAAGGAGCGUCUUGAUGAGACGAGCCAAAAAGGAUGCAGUGGGAAUCUACAAUGAAAGUGGGGACUCUGAUGACCUGUUGGAGUAUGCAGCCAGAAUGUCCAGCUCAGACGAGGAGGAGACGCUCUUGGAGCCCAACAAGCUGCAGAGACUGAGUAGCAACUCAAACCAGUCUGACAUGGACUCACAGACAAGUAGGAAGUCAGUGCAGAAAGAGACGGUGUCUCACCGUAGACUGUCUAAAAGCGUUGGUCGUAAGCAAAAGACAAGGCUCACUGCUUGCGAAACCAAAACGAUAAGAAGAACUGAGCAGAAACAAAAGAGCAGAAUCAAUUCAAUGGCCCAAAGCAAUGAGUCAGCAGUCAAACAGAAACCUGCAAUGAAGCGGAGGAGAAAAUGUCGCUCAAAGACAGGAGCGUCUCCUCGUUUUCUUCCCAACGAGCCUGAGAUCAAACUGAGACACAUUAGCGUUGCAGAGAAAAAGAAAGAGAAGGAGAAGAUGUCUGGGUUUUUCCGUCCAUUCAUUCACAUAGAACAGAGGAGGUGUACUGUCAUAAACUUUCAGAGGGAGGAAGAGACAGUGAGGAGCAGAGGAGAAAGACAGCAGCAAAUCAGCAGGACUAAGUCUCUGUCUGGGUUUGUCCCUAACUCGUCCUGUUUCCAGCUGGGCCGUUUGGGACCAGAUAGCCUGGGUCAGACCACGUUAAGAUGCUGUCUGUGUGGUCAGACAGCCAAUGCCAUGGGCCUCGGAGAUCUUCACGGCCCGUACAUCCUCUCCAGCCCAUCUGUGGACUGUCAGGUUCAGGACCAGGAGGAGAACAGGGCUUCGGGGACUGAACAAGAAAAGAGUUCAUGUGAACUUGUAAACGGCGACGCAGAAAAUCUUUCCUCUCUUAAAGAUCUGAACCCUAAGGUGUCUCCUCACCUGGAUGAGUGCUGGAUCCAUGAGGACUGUGGGAUCUGGUCUGCUGGAGUCUUCCUGGUUCAAGGAAAGCUGUACGGAUUGCAAGAGGCAGCUCAGCUUGCACAGAAAACUGUGUGCUCAGACUGCAAACAGACAGGUGCAAUCAUGGGAUGUUUCCAGAAGGGCUGUGAAUUAAACUACCACUACAGAUGUGCCAUCCAGUCAGGUUGUGUAUUAAACGAAGAAAACUUUUCAGUUCUCUGCCCGGAGCACAAGAACAGGAUGUUCAGUACAGUAACCAGACGACACAGGAGGUGACACAGACGGGACACUGCAGAUGACUCCACAGAUCUCCUCAGGGUGCGACUAGUUGUGCCUAACUUCACCUCUGCUGUUUAUAACACUGAGUAAAGUGUGCGUGUUUGUGUUGAUGUUGAAGGAGUGUGUGUAUGCGUGAGCGAGUGUAUUUAUUUCCCCUCUUGUUUCAAACUCACCCUGUCACAAACCCAGUUUAUCUUAUCAACAUAAUAAAAGUGAUAUUUUAGAGUUUAAAUGAUUCUGUUUUUGUUUAGAAGAUCUUUGUAUAAGCUAAUGUUUUUUUCUACAGUUUUUGUACUUUUCUAUCACUGUUACAGCUGCAGUUAUCACACAUAACACAAAUAUAACACUUUAUUUAUUAUGAGCAGACUGCAUGUUUGCAUUUGUGCACUUUACUUUAUAAUUUGAUGGUUAAAUAUGCCUUUCAUUGAAUUUGUUUUGACCUUUUUACCAAAUGUAUUUAAAUUUUAUUAAAGCUGCAAAAACAUAAAUAUUGAUGUAAAUAAAAAUGUGUACGUCUUGUUUAAAAUCACACUAUAGUUUUACAGCUGAGGACAUCCCCUUUACCUGGGAGGCAAAGUUAACUUAUUCAUUUUACACUAAGUUUUGUUCCAUGGAUGUUUGAUUCUGCUCACAACAAUCGAAAAUAAAGAGCCUCAAACAUAACAGAACAUCUGACAGAGUUCACAACAGAAAAAUAUGCAAACACCACAGUUUAGUGGAGAACUUUCUCUUAUGUGACUGGGUCAGUUUAACUAAAUCACAAAUUAAUCCAUGACUUUGCAUUGUCUGGUAUCAGAUGAUUGAUUGAUUUAAAUUUGUGGAAUAACUCGUUAAGAAGCACAGGAGCAGGAUUCAACCUCGAUGAUUUCUUUGAAUUGACUUUUUAAAAUGAUGGAUUUGUAUUUGAUGUACAUUCUGAACAUUUCUGUUUUUAUUGCUUUCAUGUGAAGCUGCAGCUUUGAUUUCUUACUUUAUUGAACCUGAAUUGUUUCUGAUUUCUUGAAAAAUAACAUUGAUUUAACAUUUGACACAGUGAAAGGGUUUCAUCUGCAGCACCACUUCAUUAUUUCAUAUUCAUUUUUUUCCUACAAAUGUGAGCAGACCUUGUUUGUUGGACUCAAAUUGGAAACUAAUUAAACCUGUUUUCUGAUCAG